AUGGAAUUUUUAAAUUCAAUCGAGCAAGAGACACAGAAGAAACUACCGAAUGUUAUUCUAAUGUCACUAAAGGCAAUUGGUGUGACACAACCUGAAGAUUUUUCAGAACUUACAGACGAAAACAUCCCUAAGUUAGUGGAUAACUUGUCUAAGAAGAUAAUACAAAUAUCCACAGUUCAAAAUUUUGAGAUACCAUUUAUAGUCGUUGGAAAAAUUAAGUCAAUCGCUCAUCACUAUCGUGCAUCUGCGGGACGAAAUACAGCGUCUACUAGUAAUAUGCAAAAUGUUAGCAAUGGGAUUCAACGUCGUAUCGCAAAAUGGACUGGACUUUUAACGGUAGAAUUUGAAAAAUUAUUUCCAAAUAUCCUUAACGGUGCAAAGGUUGCAGCAGAUACAGAGAAUUUUCUUGCUACCUGUCCGUUAUGUCAUUUAUCAUAUUCAAUUAUUUAUCCUAGUCGUAACAAUACAUUGUGUAAGCGUAAUUUCGUUGAUCAUUUGAAACGGAGACAUUUGCAAAUCAGAAAUCCUUCACGCCUCUCAGCACCUCCUCCUAUUUCUACUUCGGUUCCUGACAAUAGUUCAACCCUUGAUGCUUUAAGUCGAAACUCGCUCCUUAUUCAAUUAGAUUUCAACCAUUCCCAAUCAGUUCUGACCCCGAAUGAUCCACAGAUACAUGUACGUCGUUUACAAACUCGUACCUCAAGACGUUCUCGAAGACAAACUUAA